CUUUAGUGCUAAACUGGGAUAUGAUAGAGAAAUAACCUACAUAACUGGGUUAGCCAUAGAUAAUGAACACAUGUUUGUUGUGGAUUAUAAAAACAACAGAACAAAAGUUUUCACACACGAAGGGCAAUUUAAGUUUGUCAUUAAAGUAAACUAUCCAUAUGAUGUGGCUGUGUCACAGACUGGUCACCUGUAUAUAACAUCAGAGGGUGACAGUUGUGUCCAAGUGUACUCCACCAAAGGUCAGCAGGUGAUAACCAUGGGUCGGCGUCUACUGGAGUUUCCACAAGGUAUUACACUGAACAGACAAGGUCAUGUGAUGGUUUAUGACACUGGAAAGAAGUCCAUCUUGACAUUCCAUGCAGACAGUGGACAGCUCCUGAACACUAUUCCAAUCAGUAUGUGUGGAUACCCAGUGUACAUCACAGUGAACAGUGUGAAUGAUAACAUUGUGAUAUCAGACUGGGGCAGUGACACGUGGGGACCCUGUGUACAUGUGCUGUCACCUACUGGUGAUCAUCUGUACCAGUAUGACGGCAGCAGAGAAGGCAGUGAACUGAGGUUACCACAAGGAGUGUGCACAGACAGCUAUGGUCACAUCUUCAUUGCUGACUGGGAUAACCACAGUAUAGUGGCACUGAGUCCACAGGGACAGUUUAUCAGAUACAUUGUCACUGAGGAUGAUGGGUUGAAGUUUCCCCAGGCAGUAGUCAUCAACCCUGCAGGUCAACUGGUGGUGGGAGAGGAUGGUGGCAAUGUUAAGACAUUCAAGUACAUCCAACUGAAACAAGCAGCAAAAGCAAUGAAGAUGGUUGAGCAGGGACAAAACCAACAGAAUGAGCCAACUCCACAACCCAAGUUUAGCAACCAAUGCUGUGUCAAUGACACCUCAGAUGAAGUUGAG